GCACGGGUGGCAGUCAGGAGCGUGAACGCGAGUUCAGUACAGUGAACAGUACCCGACGAGUCCACAUCGAGCGACUCUAGCGAAGGGAGAAAAAGAAAGAGACCGAAGGGUUUGUGUUUCUUCCUCUCCGCGCUAAAUCAACAGCUCCUUAAAUCAGCCGUUAUAUCCGGAGAGGGUCUCCGCAGCGUGGAGGGGGCACGAGGGAUUUGAUCUGCACCGUUAUUUUUUUCUUUUGUGUUUUCUUUUUUUUCUUUUUCUCGUGGAAGGAUUGUGAGGGUUUGCUUGUAAAGAUGAUGGUCGGGGAGAUGGAGGUGAAGGAGAGACCGAGGCCGAGUCCCGACUAUCUCAUGCAGUUACUGAACGAGAAGAAGCUCAUGACGAGUUUACCGAACCUGUGCGGCAUCUUCACGCACCUGGAAAGACUCCUGGACGAAGAGAUAACGAGAGUGAGGAAAGACAUGUACAACGACUCUGUUAAUGGUCUGGUGGACAAACACCCUCUGGAGUUACCGGAGCCUGUGGGACCCAUUGUACACCUGCAGGAGAAGCUCUUCGUACCAGUCAAAGAGUACCCAGACUACAAUUUUGUGGGGAGGAUCCUUGGGCCUCGUGGACUUACAGCGAAGCAGCUGGAAGCAGAAACCGGCUGCAAGAUCAUGGUGAGAGGGCGGAGUUCCAUGAGAGACAGAAAGAAGGAAGAGCAGAACAGAGGGAAACCGAACUGGGAGCAUCUAAAUGAAGACCUGCAUGUUCUGAUCACAGUGGAGGACACACAGACACGUGCCGAGGUCAAGAUGAGAAGAGCAGUAAAAGAGGUCGAGAAGCUACUGGUGCCUGCAGCAGAGGGAGAAGAUAAUCUGAAGAAGAUGCAGCUGAUGGAGCUGGCUAUUCUGAACGGAACAUACAGAGACACCAACAUCAAAACACCCACCCUUGCGUUUUCUCUUGCAGCCGCGGCAGCAGCCGCACAAGGUCAACGUCUGAUUGCGGCCCCAGCGGGUCAGGUCCUCCCCCCAUCCGCCCUCAGGCCCCCCACUCCGGGAGGGACCCCCAUCAUGAACAUCCUUCGACCCACUCAGAUGGCCAACCUGCUACCCAACGGUACCCCCACCCUGGUGCCCCCAUCACCUGAUGCGGGCCUCAUCUACACCACGCACUACGACUACCCUUAUGCCUUGGCACCCACGUCUCUGCUGGAAUAUCCCAUGGAGUCCAGCGGAGUCCUAGGUAAGCGGGCGUGGGGGCUUGGCACUUCACCCUUUGGUGCUCUGCAAGAGGGCACAGCUGGGGUGUUUUACGGGGGCUUUUUGGAUGGGGCAUUGCCAGGCCCCGUUCAGGACUCACUGAAAGGUGCAAUGGCUACUAAAGUGCGGAGACAUGAUUCUCGGGUCCAUCCUUACCAAAGGAUAGUGACCGCAGACAGAGCCGCCACCGGCAACUAACAAAUGACCUCUGAACUCUGAACUCUUCACCCAAUGAUGAGCCGCCCAAGCCUGCCUGCUGAUCAGAUUAACUGGUAAUUGCCUUUUGCUAGCCUGGUGGACGCAGAGAGAGGCACCUGUCCAAGCAGUGAUCCUAACACAAACCAACAUAAAACACAACCCUCCAUACCAACUCGUUGUGUAACUAUAACAAGGAUGAUUCUCCUAUUAUUUUAUAUACGAGUUUGUGACCUUUAGUUUGUUUCUUUCUUUUUCUUUUUAAAUCACAAAUGAUUGGGUGGAUGAUAACAGCGAUGUUGCGUUACCCCCCAAAAAAUCUGCACUGAAGUUUAAAAGCAAUAAAGAAGCGUCUUCUGCUAAUUUAGCCCUUAAAUGCAUUUACACCUCCAGUACAAAAACGCAAACUUGGCGACCCUGGUUUUAUUAGUUAUGACGCUAAACGGGGCAUCAGGGUGCAGAUUAUGUACACGUGUACCCCACCCGUUUAAUCUGUUGGUCGUUACGAAUCAAAAGAAAAAGAAGGAAAGAAAUCCACACUCACACCAACUUGUGAAUUUCGUGUCCUUCUCCGAUGUAUGUGUGUGUGUGUGUUUCAGUUUGAGUUUAUUUUUACUUUGCUGACACAUUCUGGGUGUGCCUGAUCAGGUGACAGAGAGCAUGGCUACUAUGACAGACUGCAAAAAGCUUGUUUAUUUUUUUUCUUUGACUUUUUUCUUAUGUUUCCAUGUAUCCUGUUAGUGUUUUGCAAUACUUGCAGAUUUCUGUGCUGGUAAUUGCAGUAUUGGUGCCAGCUCAGGCAGGGCAAUAGGUGUGAUUUGGGGUGAAGUGUUUAUGUAGUUGAUUUAAAUCUAGGAUAUUCAGGGUUGGACAGCUGGGAUAUGAACCGGAAUCAGUUUACUGAACUAUGCCAUCCCAAAAACUCAACCCCCCACAUACAGUGCCUGAACUUUCUAGAAAUCUUUUCGAAUGAGCUGUGAGAUAAAAGACAAAAAAAAGUAUUAUGUGUGCGCGUUUAGCCAAAGGGUUUCCAUUGAAUUAAUUUCUAUAUACGAGUAUGUAUCUAAUCGCCAAGGGUUCUGUCAUUUUAGUCUAGUGUUUGAAAAGGUUUGAUGUCAUGCCUGUAUCUGUUUGAUAGCGAAUCAAAAAUGAAUGAAACUUCCCACAAGACGCUAAUUUCCUUUAGGAUGUGGAAAACCAAUGAACACUAAGGAAAAUGAAUGGGGGAGGGGCAUGAUCGCUCUCUCUAUGUACACACUUUACAUUUUCUGUCUGCAUUAUCAUGUAUGUUAUUUUAUCGAACAUUGAUUGUCUGUUGCGGAGUUCUCUCCCCCGUCUCACCUUAGAAAAAUUUGCCCAUUCAGCUGAGCUGAAACGAAACGCAGGUGUUCUUUUAAAGACCUUUUCUGAUUUAUUUCAACGCAUUUGCUCCAAUCGCCCGCGUCGAAUAGCCCAUCCACAAUGUGUCCUGCACACCCCCAGCUACUGAGACCACUGUCAUUUCUGUCCACCCUCUCAAGAAAACAUAGGAUGUGAAAGCCAUGUCUGCCUGUUCAAAUUGCUUUAUACAUACAUGAUAUAUAUAUGAAAUGUAGACAAAUGUAGAUACGUCAUUGCAUAUUAAAAUACAGAAAGAUCAAAAUUAGAUACUUUUACAGGGUGCUGGAGAAGAAAUAUAUAUUUUUGCCAAUUUUAGCUUUUUAUACUUAACUUGCAGUUACAAAAUAUGAAACGUAAUACAAAAAAAUAUAUAUAUAAAAGUUAGUAGAGUAGUUACCGCGAAAGGUGGUGAAGAAACGUGUGACUUCGGAUACUAUUGGCCAGGGGAAAAACAGACCAAAAUAGUCAAACCUUGGAAUGUUGGCGGAAUUGCAUGAUGCAGAAGGAAAAGAUUAAUCUGAAAGAGUAUAUUUACGGACAUAAGUGCCUUACCCGUGGUCGUUUCUUUUUCCGAGUGUUACGUUGUUCAAUAAUAUUCAGCACCAACUAGGUUAGUGCAGAGCGCAUGAGGGGUUCAGAAACAGAAGCUCUCCGGGAGUUAAACCACAAGGCUGUUGCAGUGUUGUGCCACUGAAUCUAUGCUAUGCAAAGGAAUAGCAGUCAUUUGACCAGCUAACUAUGUGCCAUGAUUUGUCUUCCCAAAAUUGAUUUUUUUUUCUUUUGUUUUCCUUUAAUACCCAUUUGAACAAAGUGUUUUAUUUGUUGUUAUUUUUAAUGCAUUAUAUUCUUAUAUUAUGAAGACAAAAUCAGUAAUGCUGUCUAUAAAAUUGGUUACUGUGAUUUUUGUCAAGAACAACUGCCAAUCAUGAUGUGGAAGUCUGCCAGGUGUUUGGAUUUAAGAAACUGAAUUAAUUGGUCUUGAACAUUGGGCUUUAUCUGAAACCUCCCCUUGUUUCAAGAUUUGCAAACUGGAAGCUACCGAUCACUGUUUUUUUUUUAAGCAUACAUGUUUGCCAAAAUGUACUCUCUUAUGCCUAGGAGAUAUACAACUUUCGUGUUGAUAAAGACAGGAACAGAUGAACCAUUUAGUUAACUUCCUGUUUUUUUCUGGACAGUUUAUAGCAGUGGUCACCAACCCUACUCCUGGAGAUCGACCGUCCUGAAGAUUUCAGCUUUGACCCCAAUCAAACACACCUGAAUUAUCUAAUCAAGGUGUUCAGGUUUGCUUGAUAAUUACAGACAGGUGUGCUGAAGCAGGGUUGGAGCUGCAGUCUGCAGGACAGUUGAUCUCCAGGAACAGGGUUGGUGACCACUGGUUUAUAGUUUUGAACUGAUCUGAGAAAGGCAAAUGUUGUGAAAGUAUUAAUAGAAAGAGGGUUUGCUGCAAAGUUAAAAGCUACGAAAAGCCACUAAAUCAGACACUAGAGACCAGACCUCCUCCAAACAGUUUUCAGUCAUUCAAACAAUCGGGAGUGUUUAUCUCAUUGUCAACAACAACAAACAUGACAUUGUAUUUUGUUUCCUGUAACCCUGGCAGUCACUAGUGUGGUCUUGUUCUUUAAUUUUGUUACACACAAAAGGUCAAUGUUUCUUUUUCUCAGUGUUAUAGAUACAUUUUUAAGCCUAUUGAAAUAAUGAAAUGCAAUAUUAGACAGGAGCAGAGGAGACUACAGAGAAAUGGACAGUAUUAAGAGAAUUCCCUCUGCCAUGUUACUAUGUGCUGUUAUUGUUUUAGAGUUGGGUUUUGAGUCUAUCAGGUGUUGGGAGAAAUCUUGUUCUCUUCUGCCUGCCUAUACAUGUGUAAUAAUGUAAAUUACAGCCAUUGUUACAGGUUUCUAAUGUAUUUUUCUAACUUCAUUUUCUAUGUACGAGUCAUUUUUUUCGGAUAUGAAGCCCACUACAUAAUAUUUUGUUUCCCAUGUUCUCUCUCCUCCGGCCUCCGUCUCAGCCCACUCUUUACUCAAAUCUAUCUCUCAUUGGGAGCAUCGCCUUUCCUAGUUAUUUUUUUCUUGCUGAUAUCUUAGCUUGUUUAACUCAUUAGCGACUUAUUAGUUUUCUCUUGUCAUAGGGAUUUUUACAUGCUUGCAUUUAGUUUUUAUGGUGUAUGCUGUUAUUUUUUCUUAUUAACCUCCUUGGCAUUUAUUUUAAUAAAACAUUCUUAGUAAGAAUUUUA